AUGGUGGUGGUGGACGCCUUCUCCAAGUGGGUGGAGGUACUGUCAGACACCACUCCGUCGGCAGAAGCCACCACUGCGGCGUUGCGGCAAGUCUUCGCAGCCCAGGGGUUGCCGGACGUCAUCGUGUCCGACAACGGUCCUGCUUUCGCCAGCGAGGAGUAUCUGGCCUGGCUGACGAAGAACGGCAUCCGCUGGAUGGUUCCGCCGUACCACCCCGCGUCGAAUGGUGCUGCCGUGUGGGUGGUUGCCCGAGUCCUGUUUCAGUACCGGACCACACCCCACGACGUCACGGGCCAUGCCCCCUGUGAGCUUCUGCUGGGCCGGAUGGUGAAGACACCGUUGGACGUCUUGCACCCCGACCUCCGGUCCACAGCACUCCUGAAGCAGCUCAAGCAGAAGCUGGCGGCUGACCGAAGUUUCCGUCCUGGGCCGUUGCCGGAGUCCGGAGCUCCGGUCAUCGCCAGGAACUUCCGGCCUGGUCCACCCUGGUCUGCCGGGCACGUGGUCUCUCCAGCCAUUGCAUCGUCACUGCUCGUUCGCAUGUCGAACGAGACCACGUGGCACCGGCAUGCUGACCAUGUGAGGCUUCGCCUGGCGACCUCAGCCGCCACCCCUUCAGGAAGCCAGCAGGCAGGGAAGCCAAGUGCAGUGACCGAUGCCAGCACAGCACCAGGGGCUGGCGCUACUCGCACCACUGUGACGCCGCCUGCAAGUACGGGGUCACCAGCAAGGUGGGCAGACAGUGCGACAGCGACGCAGGCAGCGCCUGAUGCGGCCACACCUGCGACACCCUUGCUGAGGCAGAGUGCGAGGCACCGGAGACCGCCAGACCGCUACUCGCCGGAUUGA